UCAGUUUGUAAAGAUUUCACCUGGUGCUGAAAUAAGAGUAGAUUAACAUUCUAAAACUUCAACUUGUUCAAUCUGCUUUUUAGGUACCUGUGGGACAAAUUAAGCUGACAAUGGAAGUGUAUGACAAUGACUCUGGGGUCUGUUUGUCUGUUGAUUUAUCUAUAAAGCAUUACUACCUUCCUGUUAUGUAUGGAAUUAUAUUUUUGGUUGGAUUUACUGGAAAUCUCAUGGCAAUCAUAAUCUAUGUGGUCAAGCUGAGGCCUUGGAAGACUGGGAGCAUCAUUAUGGUGAAUCUGGCGGUAUCUGACUUGCUGUACGCUCUCAGCUUACCUUUCCUUGUCAAAUUCUACAUCACCAGGAACUGGAUGCUGGGCGAGUUUAUGUGCCGCUUCCUCCGCUUCUGCUUCCACUUUAACCUGUAUGGCAGCAUCCUCUUCCUUACUUGUCUCAGUGUCUUCCGUUAUGUGGUAGUGGUGCAUCCACUUCGAGCAGCUCAGGUCCAAAGGGCGUACUGGGGUGUCUCUGCCUGCUUGACCAUUUGGGCCAUCUCCCUGCUGGAGAUUGGCCCAAUGCUAAGCAUGAUCAUGACCAAGAAAGAUGGCAACACCACAGACUGUUUGGACUUUGCCAGCAAUGAGCCAGAGACGGUAUGGUGGUAUGGCUGGCUACUGAGUGUGCUGGGCUACUUGCUGCCUCUGGUUGUGGUGUGUUGGUGUUACACACAAAUCAGGGGUGCACUCAGUAAUAGCCUUUCAGCAUCUAGGCCCAGCCGGGUGCGAGCCUACAGACUCACAGUGAUGAUCUUGGCUGUGUUUGUCAUGUGUUUCCUGCCCUAUCAUAUCCUGAGGUUGCUGAGAGUGGGCAGUCUGAGGAGCAACGUGACAUCCUGUUUGCAAAAGAAAAUCAUCAAUGAUGCCUACACGCUGUCACGGCCCUUGGCAGGCCUUAACACCUUCUUCAAUCUGGGACUCUUCACCUUGGCCGGAGACAAGUUCCAACAGGCUUUCUACAGCCUGAUUUUCAGAAGGAAACCUACCAUCAGCAAGGUGGCUGUGAUCUGCUGAAGAUCUGAAAACAGUCACCUGUGGACUCUUCAUUUUACUUAAUCUAUAUUACAUAGCUCUAAAUCUGAAUUGCAUUUACAGUAUAGACAGAGAACUGACUUUUAUUUCACUUGAGUUCUAAGCUGUGUGAAAGCAAGAAGCAUUCUGGCAGAAAAGAUUACUGUUAAUAUAUUACAAAAGAUGGUUGUUGCAAGAGUUGAGUUUGAGCUUGUAUGUCAAAGAUUCAAAGAGGAAUUAAAUGCACUGUUAGGGUAAUUACUAUGGACAAUAAUUUCAACAUUUGUUCAAAUUGAGAAAAGAAACAAGCCUUAUAAUAGAAGUUUAAAGUCAGUUGUCGGGGCAGUCAUAAAGCAUUUAGGUAAAACACAUAUUGUUGUACCAGCACUAAAUGUUCUUAAAAUCAAGCACAGAAUACAUUAAAUUCAAGCAUCUUCUAUUAUGCAAUGUGAAGUAAUUUGCUAACUUGUGCUAAGUGUGUUUAGUAAAAAGAAAAUAAUUUUCAGUGAUUGUUAAGUCAGAGACUAGCCACCUUUCUAACCUGGUUAAUAGGUUUUGUUCAGUUAGUUAGCACAUUUUGUCUUUUUUUUUGUUGAGUUCACAUUAAUAAUUAUUAAUAACCCAGAUCCAUAAUAAGA